GAGAGAGAGAGAGAGAGAGAGAGAGAGAGAGAGAGAGAGAGAGAGUCUCACAAACACAGAGACACAGGCAGAUAGAUGGACAGAGAGAGACAUGUCUUCUGUGGUGCUCGUUGUGGUUUUCUCCUGUUUGUUCCCUGUGCUAUUUGCCGAACAGGAACCCGUCUACAGCCAGGUGUGUGCACAUGGGUUCUUCCUGAGUGAACAGGACAUCUGUUUGCCAUGUAACUGUAAAGGCCACACACACGAAUGUGAGGACAUCACUGGAAUCUGCAUUAACUGUCAGGAUCACAGUACAGGUGAUUUCUGUGAGAGAUGUGAAGAUAAUUACAUUUUCCACAUUUCUCAUGAUGGACAACAUGAGUGUCGGCCAUGUGCCUGCCCCAUCGCCACGGAAACCAACAACUUUGCUACACACUGUGAUGUGAGGGGCGUGGCUGUGAGGUGUGUAUGUCAGGACGGGUAUGCUGGAAACUACUGUGAGAGGUGUGCUCCUGGUUACUAUGGCAACCCCACUCAUGUAGGUGACUCGUGUAAGAAGUGCGACUGUAAUGGGAACUCGGACCCCAAUCUUAUCUUCAACGAGUGUCACAAUAUUACGGGACGCUGCUUACACUGUUACCACAACACAGCCGGGGACAACUGUGAGAGGUGUGCAGCUGGUUACUACGGAGACGCCAUCAGUGCCAAGGACUGCCACAAGUGUGAGUGUAAUCAGUGUGGAACAGCAUCGUGUGAUGAUAGAACAGGAGUGUGUCACUGCAAACCCGGAGUUACAGGACGCCUGUGUGAUCGCUGUGAGGAUAAUUAUUCAGGGUUCAAUAACUGUAUGGGAUGUAGGAGGUGUGUGUGUGCAUCCGCAGCUCUGCACUCGUCCUGUAACACACUCACGCAGGCGUGUCAGUGCCGCACAGGGGCCGGAGGACGCUACUGCGAGCACUGCUUACCCGGUUACUGGGACUACACACACACUGGCUGCAGGAAGUGCGAUUGUCCCCACGGGAACUGUGAUGUCCACACUGGAGAAUGUCUACCUGAGAUGUCUCAGGUUAGCGAGUGCAGUGUAGACUGUGAUGAGUGUAUCUGGCACCUGAUUGGUGAUGUGCGUCAGUCUAAUAAAACAGUAGAUCAGUUGAGGAACAGCGUCUUGAACAUCUCUACUGGAGCUGCAGCGUAUGAUCGCCUCAAAUACUACAACUACACUGUACACACACUCAGAGAGCAGUUUGUUGGAUGGAGGAAUAAAUCAGCAGUGAUAAGGAAACACACAGGAGAGCUGGAGGAGGAAACAGCACAGCUUCAGAUUGACACAAAUCUGCGCACAAGCCAGGAGGAUGGUGUGAUGACAGUAGGGAAGCUGGUGGACAGGGACACACUUCACACCCUCACAUUAGCUGAGACGCUAACAACAAACCUGAGCUCUCUUAAUGUGCUCAUAGAAGACAUGAUCAUUGAUUGGGAAGUGUACGGCGAACAGCAGGAAGUGGAUCCUGAACAGCAGAAGCAGAAGGAGCUUGAAGCUGAACACAUGUUGAGUCACAUGAGAACCCUGAACCUGUCACCCAAACACUCGCUCACUACAGCGGAGAACACACACACACCAAAGGUGCGUCAGAUGGACAAGAGUGUGUUGCUGAUUGAGGGACGACUUCCUGCAGUCAGAGAGUCGAUGAAGCGUUUCAGCUCGAGUCUCUUACACGGCCAGAUUCACCUGCACAAAGCACACGACACACUGCAGCAAACACACAGCACACACGCACACAACCUGCUCCAACUACAGCGCAAAGAGGCUCACAAGCAUCGUCUAAUGGAGAAUUAUGAUGCUGUUAAUCAGACGCUCAUGUCGGCUGGUGAGAUAUUAGUUAAUGCAGCUGAGGGUGUGACGGAUUUGGAAAUCAUGGUUACGAAUGUGACGGAGUACCAUGCGGAGGUUGAUGGUGCUGCAGCACAGAUACGGGACAGAAUGGAUCAGCUCUCGAAGGCAGAUCACAGUUUAGUACAGAGAGCUGCUGAACAUGCUGAAGAGCUGAAGAGACACGCCAACCUACUGCAGCUUAAUCUGAUGGGCAGUGAUACGAAUGGAUUUGUACAGAAAGCUUUGGAGGCAUCAAAUGUCUAUGAUAACAUCGUUAAAUACAUCAACGAGUCUGCAGUGAUCAGUGAGAGUGUGAUGAACAUGUCCAUCAGGACUGAGGACGCUCUUGAUGGUUUAAAGACACAGAUGAACUCACUCAUAAAAGAGAGCACUGACAUCCUCGAGGAAUCUAAAACACAUGACUCUGAAUACACAGAAAUGGUUUCCACUGUUGCUGACACCCAAAAAUACAUCGAGGAGACCAGAGAUAUGCUACAGGACUCACAGGACAAACUGGAGAGGCUCGUCAAAAACAUGAACACACUCCAGAGAGCCCAGAAGCUGCAGUCCACUCAGGAGGCAGCAGAGCGUGCUCUGAAUCACUCAGCUGAAGUUCUGGGGGUCGUUACUCCAAUAAAGGAACAAGUGGAAGAGUGGAGCAGAAACAUGAGGAACAGUCAGUACUCCACCUCUGCCUAUGAACAGGCCGUGAACUCUGCCCGUAGCUCAGUGGAGAAUCUAUCAGCUAUGGUACCUCAGUUGUUGACAAAGCUGCAUGAUGUGAAAGUAAAGAAACCAGUCAACGUGUCCACCAAUAUCCUGAGGGUCAGAGAACUCAUCGCCCAGGCUCGCAGCGUCGCCAGCAAGGUGCAGGUAUCGAUGAAGUUUAAUGGGCAGGCCUCAGUCCAGCUCCGCCCACCUGUUGAUGUAGAUGUGGUAAAGGCUGUAACUUCAAUCAGUCUGUAUGUGCGUGUAGACCCUGAUACUGACCCCAUUGAGGAUCGCUUCCUGCUUUACCUUGGACACAAGAAUGGUAGUAAGGACUAUAUGGGUGUGGCAAUAAAGAAUGACAACCUGGUGUUUGUGUAUAAUUUGGGGGGCGAUGAUGUUGAAAUUCCACUCAGCUCUAAACCUGUCAGCUCCUGGCCUCCUGUUUUCAACCAUGUGAGAGUGGAGAGACUGGGUCGUCAUGGUAAGGUGUAUUUAACAGUCCCCAGUCAGGACACAGUGGCUGAGCAAAAGUUUAUACAGAAAGGGGAAUCAGAGGGAACUGACUCUCUUUUCCACCUGGACCCAAAAGAGGCUGUGUUCAUCAUUGGAGGAGUUCCAACAGACAUUAAGCUCCCCCCUGCAUUGAGUUUAGCUCCAUUUGUUGGUUGUAUUGAACUCGCCUCUCUUAACAAUGAUGUCAUCAGUCUGUACAACUUCAAAAAGCUACAUGACAUGAACAUUGAUGCAUCCAAGCCCUGUCCCAGGUAUAAGUUGGCGUUCUCUCAGGGGCGUGUAGCGAGUUAUCUAUUUGAUGGAUCUGGUUAUGCGUUAGUGCGGAACAUUGAAAGAAGAGGCAGAAUCACUGUAGUCACACGCUUCGACAUUGAAGUGCGUACAGUGGCUCAGGAUGGAGUUCUCCUCCUCAUGGUCAACGAGAGUAAUUUCUUUGUACUGGAGAUGAGGAACGGGUUUCUGCGGUUGGUGUAUGAUUUUGGAUUUUCGACCGGUCCCAUCGUGUUGGAGGGAAACCUGAGCAAACUGCAGAUCAACGAUGCCAGAUAUCAUGAGGUGUCAGUGAUCUACCACCAGAAUAAGAAGGUGAUUCUCCUGGUAGACAGAGGUUUUGUUAAAUCCACAGAGAACGAGAAAAAAACUCUGCCCUUUAAUGAUAUUUACAUUGGAGGAGCACCAUCAGAAGUUCUACAGUCACGCCCUGAGUUCUCUUCUUUGAUUGGACUGAAAGGAUGUGUGAAAGGAUUUCAGUUCCAGAAGAAAGACUUUAACCUGCUGGAGGAACCAGGAACCAUUGGCAUCAGCAGCGGCUGUCCGGAAGAAUCCUUUAUGUCACAUAAAGCGUACUUCACAGGUGACAGUUAUUUACGAUCCACAGCGAAAAUCUUUCUGUUCACUUCAUUUGAAGGAGGAAUGAACUUCAGAACAACACAACCAUCUGGACUACUGUUCUACCACAAAGACGGGGCAGAAGAGUUCUCUAUUUCCCUCGAGAAAGGUGCAGUGGUUCUUCACUCCAAAGGAGUUAAAGUGAAAUCCAAGAAUAAGCAGUAUGAUGAUGGACAUCCUCACUUCCUGGUGGCAUCUGUCACUGUGCAGAAAUACCAGCUGGUGGUGGAUGACAGAGACAAAGUGGAGAAGAAGAACCCGGGUCCUACACCUCAAACAGAUGGAGUGAGGGAGUUCUACUAUGGAGGAUCUGAUCAGAGCAACAUCAACAACUUCACUGGCUGUAUCAGUUAUGCUUACAUCAGCAGGCAGGACCGCGAUAUCGAGGCAGAGGAUUUCCAGCGUUACAGUGAAAAUGUGGGCGUGUCUCUGCAGGAUUGUCCUGUAGACAUGCUGCCUCCUGCUGUGCGACACACACGCUCUGCCCGACACACUGCAACCUUAUACCAGGUGAGCAGAGACAGACCUGUCCUUCUGCAAAGCAUUCUGGGAGUUCAUGAUAAACCUCAAGCUGCUCCAGGACAGAAGGCAUCAUCAUGUCACCUCUCACCCCGCCCACCUGCUGUGGGUAACGCCCAUUAUUUUACUGGGGACAGUCGUCUGGAAUAUGAGGACAUCGCUGAGGUCAUUAGAGACAGGUCUGAGUUCUCCCUGUCACUGAGGACACAAUCAGGGUGGGGGAUGAUCAUGUGUGUGUGUGGUGAGGGCGAUGAAGACUUCAUGGCGCUUUUCCUUUUUAACGGUAAACUCAUCUUCACCUUCGGUUCUUCACAACAUGUCCUGCAGCUCCACAGCACACACACACACAACGAUGGAAACUGGCAUGAGGUGGUGUUUUGGAGGAACGGUAGCAGGGGUGUGUUGGUUGUGGAUAAAAAGGUGAUGGAGGAUGAAGGUCCAAGCAACAGCUUAAGCCUCAACCUGAAAGAUCCACUGUACAUCGGCAGCCUUCCAACUGAACACACCAACAAGAACAUCAAGGUGAGGUCCGGGUUCUCGGGGUGUGUGAAAGAUCUGCGUGUGAAUGGACGACUGGUCUCCUCCGUCCCUCGCAGUUUUGGAGUGACCCCGUGUUUAGAGGGAAAGAGGGAAGCUGGGAUGUUUUUCUUUGAGGAGGGAGGAUACACAAUGCUGGACCAAACCCUCAGUGUGGGUGGGCAGAUGGUGGUGGUGAUGGAGCUUCGCCCCCGUGUGGCCUCAGCACUGUUACUGCGUUUCAUCACACCUGAGGAGAACCUGAGCAUCUACUUGCAGGAUGGACAGGUGUUUGUUCAGGUGAAUAAUGAGACGGUGAUUGGUCCCUCCACACACAGCGUAUGUGAUGGAAACUGGCACAAACUUGAAGUGGUGAAAGACAGCAGCGGCCUGAGGUUGGAUGUGGAUGGAGAGCAGAAGCGUGUCAUCAGAACCCGGGUUCCGGUAAAGAAACACAGCGUGUCAGUGCCAGUGUUCAUAGGAGGAGCACCAGGAGAUGUGGCACUUCCUGUGAAGAUGAAGAGCAGUUAUGUAGGCUGUAUGAGGAACCUGUCUAUUAACCAGCACAGUGUCCACCUCACCCACUCAUCGCUGCACAUUAAAGGAGCUGUCAGUGUUCAUGGCUGUCCUGUGGCCUGAUGAUGUCAUCACAUAUCUCGUUUGUGUAAACGAGUCACAUGACCAUAUUACUCCUUAAUCCGCUACAAAUUCUACAUCUACCAUAAUCUACCAUUUAAAUAAUCUACCAUAAUCUACCCUGAUCAUCACCUACCAUCAACAACCUUCAUCUACCCUCAUCAUCUAUAAUCUAAUUCUGUUUAUUGACCCCCUAUUACUUUUUACUUCAUCGUACACACGCGUCCCUUUCAACAAUAAAGAAGUGCAUCUUUAAAAAA